AUUUUAUUUCCUGUUCUGUCUGAAAUUUGGUUGCUGUCAAAAGGUUAAUAAAUAGAAGGUUGAGGAAUUUGUUGUUCACUGUUUGUUCUUUUAUCUUAAUAUCCAUUUCUAUCUUGAUCGGAAGCUGGUAAGGGAGUAGGAAAAAGGCCAGUAGCCUAACACAAUGCUGGUGGUAGGGACACUGGAAGAAAGGGAAAUACAAGAAGCACUAGUGGAGAUUGGUGACAAGGACGAUUCAUUUAUUGGGUCACGUGAAUGGAUUGGUGCCAUCGAAUUGAGCUUUGUUUUAGACAAAUUGCUUGGUGUGAGUUGCAAAAUCAUAAAUGUCAGAUCUGGGGCUGAACUUCCGGAAAAAUGUAGAGAAUUAGCUGCACACUUCGAGAAUCAAGGAACUCCUAUAAUGAUUGGAGGUGGUGUUCUUGCAUACACUCUCUUGGGAGUUGAUUACAAUGAAGCAAGUGGAGAUUGUGGGUUUUUAAUAUUGGAUCCUCAUUAUACAGGAAGUGAUGAUGUCAAGAAAAUUGUAAGUGGUGGUUGGUGUGGAUGGAAAAAAGCUGUUGAUAGCAAAGGGAAGAAUUUCUUCUUACAUGAUAAGUUUUAUAAUCUUCUGCUGCCACAGAGGCCGAACAUGGUUUAAUUUAUGUUUUUUCCUUUAAGUAUAGGACAGAGGAGCAAUCGAUCUCAUAUUGUUGUAUUUAAUAUAUUAUAUUUUCCCUUUUCUAAGGAUCUCAAGACAGAUUGAUAUCAAAAUUUAAAAUAAGCGUAUGAAAAUCUCAUAUUUAGGCCUAAAUGAUUCAAAGAAAAACAA